GUUUAUCUGUUGAUCAUUUCAACGAUUUUUAUUGUGAACCCGGUAGAAAUGUAUUCAUUUGAAAAUGUGUUGAAAAUAUGGAAAAUCAAUGGAAAUGCAUAUGAUCCAUUGGGAAUGUAGCAUUUUGAUAAUUUUGUUUUCAUAAAAAUAGACAUUUCGAAUCGAAAAAUAGAAAAAAAGAUUCAGAAUUCCCACGAUAUUCGAUAUUGCAACGGAUUUUUUUUUUCAUUCAUUCGUACGAAUGACGUCACAUUCAUUGCGAACUGUCAAAGUAUCGCAUGGUGUGUGUUUUUCUUUCGAAUCUGUCAAACAAACCAAAAAUCGGUUUUCUGUGUGUUUUGGUUGAACGAAUGAUUGAACAAACAGCAUGAGUGCACCGCCAAAAAUUUCCAGCGAUAUUCUAUUGCGUUCCAUCGAUAAUUUGAUAAAUAUUUGCGAAAAUGCACCGUCCGAUCUAAGUCGACAUCGUGAUAAAUUGAAUUCAAUUCUGAAUGAUUUAAAUUCGGUGGAAUUUAAGUAUGUGCAAACAUUAGACAUUUUUAAGCGAACAGAGGAUGUGGUACGAGUGUUAAUAUGCCUUCCAUUGGUUGAGGAUACGAUAAUUGUAAAAUGUGCCCGGUUAAUUGUACAGUUGUUGGACAAACAUCCAACAAAUAUCACAGUUCAUGUGUUUCGAAAUGCAAUUCGAUACGCGAUUAAUUUCAUAAAUGAGCAUAAAUUCGUCGGCAUUUGUGAUGCAUUACGUUUGAUGCAGGCGCUGAUAAAAAAUCACUUAAAAAAUGACAGUAUUACGAUUGCAGACGAAUCAAAAGAAUUGCAUCAAUGCACGGAGUUAUUGAUCAAAUUGAUAAACGAUCCGGAUGCCAUGGAAAAGUCAACAUCAUGUCAUUACGAUGGAUAUUCAGUGAUUGAAAUUAAAUCAUCUGCCGUAUUUUGUUUGGAGAUCAUUCUAACAUUUUACGAAAAAUUACCAGAUAUCGCACAAAACCUCGAGCCGGCCAUAACACAAGCAUUACUCAAGUUGAUCUACUCGGUGCGAUUGGAUAAUGUGUCCGAACGAAUUUACUGUAAUUUAGUGCGUGCUGCGUUGAACUCAUGCCGAUUCAUUGGUUUUUCAAAUCGAGAAUGGUGCACUGAAAAUAUUGGUGAUAUUUUAGGUGCAUGCGUAUCAAAUAUGCUAUUCGGUUUACCCGAUUGUGUCUAUCAACCGCCACAACGAAUUCAGUCGUCACAACAAACCAUACAGGAUACUCAUAAUACUAGUGCUGGUGCGAAAAAAGGUGGAAAAAUGAUUAAGAGUCGCAAACCACGGCAGACAUCACAGUAUAAAAAUCGAAAAUCAGCCAAAUCGAAUGAGGCAAAAAACGGGAAAUCGGGCGAAAUUGAUGAAUCGAAUGAGCAUUUUGAGCAAGCCACUUUGUUUGAUAAUCCAAGUGAAAAAUUCGAAAUUGGCAAUUUCACAACUAGCGAUUCGGACGCUUCAGAUCCAGAAAUAUCGAAAACCGGCAAUAAUAAUCGAGAAAAAGAAGCGAAGCUUCGAUUGGCCGCCAUUUCAUUGAUUGCCAUUGUUGCCAAGAAUGUGGAGCGAAAGAUAUUCUUUGGUUAUUGGCAUUGUUUGUUCCCAACCGAAGAGCUGAUCCCAUCAAUGCCUGCACUGUUGAAUUGCGUCCUGCGUGAUUCGAAUCAGCGCUGCCGAAUUACAGCUCUACAAGCUACUUCAAUUAUCCUCUACGGAACCAAGUCCUUCCUUGUUCAAGCCGAAUCUACCGAUAAGCCGCCAAUCAAUUUUAUGCCGUUUUCUAUUUCACUAGGAAAUCAAAUCUGUAUUCUAUACAUUACCUUAACUCAGGCCCUUAGUAACGAAAGUUCGUUGCCAGUGUUGAUACAAAUUCUUAGGUGCUUUGCCACUUUGGUGCAAGCAACAUCAUUUCAAAAGCUACAGAAACCACCAGGAUUAAUCCGAAAAUUCGUUGAACUCAUUCGACGUUUGGUUCAUCACAAAGAUCCAACCAUCAAAGUUGCCGCUCUUAUUGUUAUGGAGUUUCUCAUCGCUCGGCCGGAAAUCACCAAUGAAAUAUCCGACUGUGUCGGCGUAUCACGGUUAGAAGCCAAACGCAAUUGUCGAGUUCACGAUUUUGGAGAGGAUGAAGUAAUCGAUGCCGAUGAAAAUCUAGUUGAAUCCGAGUACGAAGAUGAAGAUGAAAUCGAUGAAGUACAAAAGACCGAGCCGGCAACAAAGAUCUCAUGGUUGCUGCAAAUUGCGCUGGAAAGUUUGGGUGUUACAGUCAGUUCUUAUAUCCGACCGAGUCGAUCGGCACCUUCAGUCCAAGUCCGACAUCAAAGUUUGCAAAUCAUUUUAAUGAUGGCACCGCAUUACAUUUGGAUCAAACCGCAUUUACUACUAAUAGCUGAGGCACUUGAAACUACACUUCAAGAUGAGAUUGCAACAGUACGACUUCGAGCAGCCCGAUGCUUGGAUGUGGUCGUACAUUCAAUUAACGUGCAUUUAUUAUCUCAAAGUAAUCAGAAAAAUGUGGAAUUCGAACGUGAUAUUGAAAUUGCUUUGCAAUUUUGGUCAAAAAUACUGACCAUUCUAACCGAGCAACUACAAGAUCUAACACAAAGUUCGGCAACAAAGUCGAUUUUCUGUGACGCAUUUUCCGAUAUUGGUGUUCAUGUGUACGAGCGAUUGGCGCGGCCCAAGCAAAUGCACAUAAUCUCAUUGCUGUCUGGCAUAUCAUUGGGUGACGAAGAGGCAAUUGUUCGUGCGUCGGCAGUGCGUGCUUUGGCCAUUUUUGUGGUAUUUCCAUCGCUUAAAGAAGACAUUUGCUAUAUUGAAAAUACGACCGAAGCCAUAAUCCAACUAAUGCAAGACGAAUGUUUACCGGUGCGCAUAAAGGCAUCAUGGGCUCUGGCAAAUAUAACCGACGUUUUGGUCGUGAACAUUUCGGAUUCGAGUAUCGAUCAAAUCUCUGAACAUUUGCUGUGGCGUUUGUUUGAAAUUACGGCGCCGACAUGCAGUGACAAUGACAAAGUGCGUACAAAUGCAGCCCGAAUACUUGGCAACCUGUUGCGAUUGAUCAAACCAAAUCAGAUUGUGGUGGAAAAGUGGCAAAUCGUUUGCAUCGAUGCCAUCAAGAUGUUGUGCGAUCAGGCCAAAUUAAGCGGGACCAACUGGAAUAUGAAAGUCAAAUGGAAUGCUUGCUAUGCGAUCGGUAAUUUCAUGAAGAAUGCCGUUAUCUUUGACUUGCAAGGCAAUCAGUUUUGCUGGCAGGAGUUGAUAUUUCAGACGUUGUCGGAUAUCAUUAUAAAAUGUGUGAACUUUAAAGUUCGAAUAAAUGGUGCAGCUGCACUGGCCAUUCCCUCGAAGCGUGCUCAUUACGGCCGAUUCUAUUUGAGUGUAUGGAGUGCCUUAUCGGUGGCGCUCUAUCAGGCAAAUCAACUCACCGACUUCAACGAAUACAACCAUCGUGACAAUCUACUCGAUCAGCUUUGCAUCACAAUAUCUCAUUUGAUCAAAUUGGCUACGGUUGACGAUUUGAUCGAUUUGGAAUGCAUUCUACUACAGCAAUUCGAUUCAAACAAACAAAAUUGGAUUCGUGUCAUUAAUCGAAUGGUACCGGAAAAGGCCGCCUCAUUGCUCGAAGCAAAUUUAUAUUUAAAAAAUAUAGCAAGCAGCAAAAGUCUUACAAGCGAACAAAAGAAUUCCAUCAAAACACUUCUGAAUUGUUUUGUAUCAAUCACUGAAUACGGCGAUUGACUGGACGGUACAUGAAGCGCAACCAUGGGUAAUUAUCGGUACAUAGAGAAUCGUCAUCUCUAACUAGAGACUCUACUGAGAGUCACUCAACAACAUAAAUCUAAUCACUUUACCUGUUGUUUACCAUUUUCAACACAGUGUGAUCAAAUUUAAUCAAGCAAACUUCUAAUUGUUAAAAACAAUAUGUAAAAAAAAUUAAAGCAAGCACCAAUUCAAACUAUUUUUAAAA